GCAGCUGGAGGGAAAAUGGCCGGCCAGGAGGAUCCAGUGCAGAGAGAAAUCCACCAGGAUUGGGCGAAUCGCGAGUAUAUUGAAGUGAUUACAAGCAGCAUCAAGAAAAUAGCCGAUUUCCUCAACUCGUUUGAUAUGUCCUGCAGGUCCCGUUUAGCCACGCUGAACGAGAAGCUCACCGCCCUGGAGAGAAGGAUCGAGUACAUCGAAGCCCGGGUUACAAAAGGGGAAACGCUGACCUAACCAUCCCGACGCUGACGACUGGACAACAUGGCCACACUCCUGUUUCUUUUUCUUUUCUUCCCCUCUAUCCUCAUUCACCUUAAAUAACCAAGCGACUGUUUUUCAACCAGUCUCUUAAAGCCCCAGUGAGGAACUGCUGAUACAGUGCUACGCUGCGUUAGGACUUAAAAAAGGAACAUU